CUACUCCCAGAGGGCCACGGGCUCCAGGGCGGUGUCGGGUUUCCGUCGAGCAAUCCUUCUAAGAUUGCUUCUGAGUGACCAGCUUGACUGGACAAGUCCGGUCAGAAUCCACCCCGCACCUAAGCCCUUGUAGGGUCACCGCGGACUGCCACUCCCACGCCCCGCGAUUCCCACCUUGACCCUCACGUCCCUGAGCGCCGGCUGCUUUGUGUCCUCCACGCUGCGCUCCACUCCUCUUUGUCCUGUUUGUCUUGCGGGUGGAAGAAGACCGCCAAAUUCUUCCUCCCGGUGUUGUGAACUUGAAGUGCAGCAGGAAACUCUCUCACCCGCCGCGACCUUGGGCGAAUCGCACACGCUCUCUGGGACUCAUUUCCUUCUGUUUUCCAAUGUGUGAAAGUGCUUUGUAAACUGCACGGCCUCCACAAGCAACAGAGGUUCUCUUUGUGCCGUUUGUUGGUGCCCUAGAACAUUCUUAUCAGGACAGCCUUUCUGGUUUUGCCGCCUGGUUGCUCAAUCCUGUCCCUUGAGAUCUUGAUGUCUUCAUCUAUGACCGGGUUAUUUCUUCACUUCCUCCAGAGACCAAAGAUCAGACAGGCCCCGAGCCCAUGACCCCUAGAGAGCUUUGUCUGAAAGGAAGCCCAAGAGAGGUGCUUAUUCUUGGAAUAGCUGGCGAUGAAAAGUCCACAGGGCUGGCAGAGGGACAGAGCUGCUCGCUGGAAGCAGGUCUCCAGCAGGCAGCAAGUUCAGGACGCCCAGGCUUUGAUCCCACUGGUGAUGAGAUGGGGACCGGACAGUCUGUGUGUUUCCCAACCAUCUCAGGACCCCACCAUGUUGGCUGCACAGAUGUGAUGGAAGGUCAAAGUUCUGAGGGGAGCUUCUUCCGACUCUUCUACCCCUGCCAAGCAUCAGAGAAGUACGAGCAGCCCCUGUGGAUUCCCCGCUAUGAGUACUGCUUGGGCCUGGCUGACUACCUGCAGUAUAACAAGCGCUGGGUGGGGUCUCUGUUCAACCUGGGCAUCGGAUCUUGUCGCUUGCCUGUUAGCUGGAAUGGCCCCUUUAAGACAAAGGAAUCUGGAUACCCCUUGAUCAUCUUGUCCCAUGGCCUAGGAGGCUUCAGGGCACUGUACUCAGCCUUCAGCAUGGAGCUGGCCUCCCGGGGCUUCGUGGUUGCGCUCCCAGAGCACAGAGACCAGUCAGCUUCGACCACCUACUUCUGCAAGCAGACCUCGCAAGAGAACCAGCCCACUGAAUCGCUGGAGGAGGAGUGGAUCCCCUUCCGCCGAAUCAAGGAAGGGGAGAAGGAGUUCCACGUUAGGAAUCCCCAGGUUCACCAGCGAGUGAGAGAGUGCGUGCGGGUGCUGCAGAUCCUGCAGGACGUCUCUGGCGGGAAGACUGUCCUCAAUGUCUUUCCUGGUGGAUUGGACCUGAUGACCUUGAAGGACGGCAUCGACAUGAGCCGGGUGGCCGUGAUGGGACACUCCUUUGGAGGAGCUACAGCCGUUCUUGCUCUGACUCAGGAGGUCCGGUUUCGGUGCGCUGUGGCCCUGGAUGCCUGGAUGUUCCCUCUGGAACAUGACUUUUACCCCAAGGCCCGGGGCCCUGUGUUCUUUAUCAAUGCUGAGAAAUUCCAGACAGUGGAGAGCGUCAACUUGAUGAGGAAGAUAUGUGCCCAGGACGACCGGUCCAGGAUUGUGACUGUCCUCGGAGCUGUUCAUCGGAGUCAAACUGACUUUGCUUUCGUGACCGGCAACCUGCUUGCUAAAUUCUUUUCCAGUCACACUCGUGGGACCUUGGACCCUUACGAAGGUCAGGAGGUUAUGGUGCGGGCCAUCUUGGCCUUCCUGCAGAAGCACCUUGACCUGAAGGAGGACUACGAUCAGUGGAACAGCUUCAUCGAAGGCAUCGGACCAGCGCUCAUUCGAGGGACCCCACCACAUCUGUCCAGUUUGUAGGCACAACUGGCCAUUUGUAGGUCACUUGAACCGAGUUUCCACGUAGGAGCUGCCCAAGGAUACUUGUAACCUAGUGGCAGGAUCCUUUCUCAGAGAUUGAGAGGAUGUAAUCAGACUCCUGAUUGGGCAGCUGGGCCCUUUGCUCUUGGAAUCGUUGAUCUUACAGCUCAGAGCAGCUUGUGAACAAAUCACUGGCUCAUGGGAAGCUGACAUUUCGUUCCUUCCUUCCUUCCUUCCUUCCUUCCUUCCUUCCUUCCUUCUUCUUUUUUGUCAAAGACUCGUAUCCCAGACUGGCUUUGAACUUACUGUGUGAGGAUGACCCUCCUUCCUAGUGACACACAUUGACACUACGCCUGGUCUUUAUCCAGUGCUGAGGAUCAAGCCGGACUUGAGUUAAUGACUGUGAAGUAUUAGGUGCUGAGGAUCUGUUCCUGAUGACAGUCAUCUCCGCCCCUGUCCCAGGGCCUGUUAACUUCAAAUAAGAACAGUGUCUAGCUGCUUGCCAGGGCUCGCUCUCUCUUGACUUGGGGCAUUUCUUCUGUUCCAGCCAUAGUCACCACGUGGAGUCAGGAGCAAUAGGUGCCAUUAUUGCUAUGCCCCGCUCCCCCCACAGUCCCAUAGCCCCCACAGCCCCCGCUCCCACCACAGCCCCCACAGCCCCCACACCCAGUGUUUUUGGUGUCCAGUGCUCACCUCAAGGAAAACCCGUGGAUCUGUGGUUGCUGCUCCGCACUGACUUUGCAGUGAUUGCUGUAAAGGUUAGGCCAUUGUAUUAACUGAGCCACAUCCCCGGCCCUUGGUGAGUUAACUUUUUGAGGAUGAACCAAGAGAAUAAGCCAUGGGGUGGGACUGAUUGAGCCCCCGGCCCCAAACUGAAUGAACCCCAUGAAGCCUGGAUGUGAAGACUUGACUAGGUGAGUCCACUCCUCAUCGUGGGCUAGCAUUGCCUCUUGAAUGCAGGUCAUGAUGCCAAAGGCCAGAGGGGAAGCCUUAGGGCUUACAACCCUGCCUGGUGUUCACCACCUGCCCCCUGUUGUCCUGGUGUUCUCCACCUGACACCUGUUGUCCUGGUGUUCUCCACCUGACACCUGUUCUUCUGGUGUUCUCCACCUGACACCUGUUCUUCUGGUGUUCUCCACAUGACACCUGUUCUUCUGGUGUUCUCCACCUGACACCUGUUCUGGUGUUCUCCACCUGACACCUGUUCUCCUGGUGUUCUCCACCUGACACCUGUUCUCCCGGUGUUCCCCACCUGCCUCUGGUGAGGUACAACACAAGGUUGCUGUCUGGUUUCUCACUUUUCACUCUCCCCGCUGUAUAAGAAACAGUAAUGGGUCCUCCGUCCUAUUACUCUUAGGAGCCCAUGCAGGGCCAACAUUGUCCUCAGAACCCAGAGAAAGACACAGACACCAAGGAGUCCCUCAGAAGCUGAGCGCCUUUGUGGUUUUGCGAGUGUAUCUUGUCAGGAAGCACCCUGAGGUGGUGGAGACAGGCUGUGAACUAUUAAUGGGGCCAAGCUGCCAUUUGCACAGGCCACAGAGGGCACUGGGUUGGUCAGCUCAGCUGCGAGAAUGUUCCUAGGGAGAUCUGAGACCAGCUUGGUCUUGCCUCUUACCUCCUGUGCCAUGAACCACCAACUUGCUCCAAUUAUGGGUGCUUUAGUCAUCUGGGUUUUUUUUUAAAUUUGUUUAUGUUUUUGAGGCCGUAACCCCAAAUUUAAGAAACAGACAGACCCUGCAUCUUGUUCUGUUGAAUAUUGAUGCUCAUGCUUGCCUAACGACAUGCUGUAAUACGCAGUCUGUUUAAUCUGCAUUAGAGCAAGCUGGGGAGCGCUCUGGAAGUGGCUUCUCUUUGUUUCCCUUUGUUUGCUAGUCGUGUUGAACCACAUGGAAAAUCUUUGGGAAGAAAGGUAGUAAUCCCAGACUUCCAAGCUCUGUGGGAAGGCCCACCUUGAACUGCAUCUCCACCAUACAAGACAUGUACGGCACCUGAGUCUAAGGAGGGAACCUUAGGAGGACAAGUUCAGAAGGGAAGUGGAUCUCUGCACAACAGUCCAAGGUCAGAGCCACCAAAGCAAGUCAGUCAGGAGGCUCCUUCCCAGAGGCGUGGCUCUACAGCCACAUAGCUGGGCUUCACCCUGCUCCAACACUGCAGGAAUCAGGGCAGAUUCUGUUGUCUUCCCAACCUCAGUCCCUGCACAAGAGGGCCUGUGUUACAAACUGUUGGGAUGACUGAGUGAGGGGAUGCAUGACCCAUGGGUUAUUAAAUGUGCAUUUCCCACUUCCCACACAUGCACUUUCUAAUUGUCUGUGUAUCACAGUAAGAAUGAUCCACAUGAUCUCUGUCCUUCAAGAUUUGUUGAAACGUGAUUGUUGGCCCCCUUGACGUCAACUCUGUCACUGUUCACCGUGCGAUUAAAGAGCCUGUCUAUUCUGAA